CAUUGACAUAACAUUUAUGUGACAUUUCCUUCCUUGCGUCCUCUUCAAUAUUAAUCACUAUCACUACUUUUUAUAACUGCUGCUAAUUACUAUAAUAGUCAUCGAAUGUAAAUUAUUUUGGAUCUUUGAUGACUUGGGAAUCAAGUUCACAUAUCAAACCAUUAUUUUUAGUUUCAACGUGAACGUGGUCAAGAUAAAAAUAAUAAAAUACAACUAUAAAAUAAGUCUAGUAGUCGGUAGUAAAAUGUCUUACAACUUCGAAGAAUUAACUUACAGCGAAGCUAAAGACUUGUUUCGUCAAUGGAGAGAGAACAAUGAACGUAGGAGUGAAGAUGUAAUAGAGCUAUGGACUACAGUAUUCAGUGAUGACUUGAGCAAACUUGGCAAUGAGAAGCAUCUGGUAUUGGAACAAGUCAUUUAUGCUGCCCUGGACUGCCAUGCAUAUGGAGUGGCUACCAUGUGUAUCUACAUACUGUCUAAUGAAUUCCCAGGAAGCAUGCGCGUCAUGAGGCACAAGGCAGCUCUCCUAGAAGCUAAGGAACAGUAUGAUGAAGCUCUAGAAGUGUUGGACGGUAUUAUAAAGGCCGAUGAGACCAACUCGGCGGCCAGGAAGCGGCGUGUCGCCAUUCUAAAGGCACAGGGCCUCAUCACUGAAGCUAUCAAGGAACUUGUUGACUACCUCAAGAAAUUCAUGUCUGACGUGGAGGCGUGGCAGGAGUUGUGUUCGCUGUACCUCCAGGUGCAAGAGUACUCGCGCGCCGCCUUCUGCGCCGAGGAGCUCAUCCUGCACCAGCCCCACAACCAUCUGAUGCACCAGCGACUAGCUGACAUCAGGUACACUAUGGGUGGUGUGGAAAACAUGGAAUUAGCUAAGACAUAUUAUUGCCAAGCUUUGAAGCUCAACCCAGAGAACAUGAGGGCUUUGCUUGGACUGUUCUUGGUAACAAACAACCUACUGAACCAUUACAAGUCAGCCGGCAACAGUUCUAAACGCAAGGAGGUUUGGAAGCUGUGUCAAUGGGCGCAGUCUUCAGCUGCGCGCCGCCAACGAGCCGCCCGGGCCCUCCCACCUACUCCUGACCUCUCACAAAUGAUGCUUGCACUCGCCAUCACUGAAUAACCACAUUCUAUACCUAUUAUAAAGAAAAAGGAUUAAUAUAUAAUAAUUCCAGUGAUGGGCAAUCAGACAGAAGUUGCAGAAAAUAGACUAGAAAAAGGAUCAA